CCCUUCUACAUUCACCAUCAGUAAAAGACAAGAAAGACAAAAGUGCGACUAGUAGUCAAAUACCGCUACCAUUAAGUGACCCAAAAUGGAUCUCUUCCUACCCAUGCUCUUCGACGACGACCUUCUUAUGCCCAAUAAUCCCUGGGGCCAUCGUGCUCAAUCUCGAGGGGCUUAUCCAUCCCUGAGAUACUUCUACCAUCCCCAAACUCAUGCUGGCCAUCAACUCCAGAAGCGAGAGCCUUUGGAGUGGAAAGAGGAAGGCGACCAAUAUGUGCUGGAAGUCAAGGCCAGUGGAUUCCAGAAAGACCACUUCAAGUUAAGCUUGGACUCUGAGCAGGGUUACCUCCGAGUCAUGGCCAACACGCACGAUAAAUCCGAAGAGGGUGUGGUCACAUCCAAGCAAUUCACCAAAGCCUUUGCUCUGCCCGAUCGUUGCAAACUGGCCGAGUUGAAGUCCGAGUACAAGGACGGCGUGUUGAAGGUCAUGGUGCCCAAGGCCGAGCCGCCCAAGCGCGAGGCCCACCCUCUGGAAUCGACCUUUGAAAUCAUUCCCAAGCUGUUGGGUGGUGAUCUCUUCAAAGGGCAAGAGAUCCACGACACCGAGGACAGUUUCGAGGUCAAGAUGUCAUUGAGCGGAUUCAAGCCCGAGCAAUUGAAUGUGGAGGUCAGUCCCGAGGGUGUGCUCACCAUUGCCGGCAAGAUGGAGGAGAAGAACGAGGAUGGAACUACUCGCAAUCGGGAGAUUUGCAAGUCGUUUGCCUUGCCGAAGAACUGCAAGGUGGAUGAGGUGGGAUCCAAAUUUUCCAAGGAUGGUCAGCUGACUGUGACUGCUCCCAAAGAUUCGGCCAAGACUGUUAAGGGACACCGAAAACUCCAAAUCCAAAGUGAAUAAUGUUCUGUGACUGAAUUGUAUUUUGCUGUGAAUUGUCAAAUUAAAAUCUUUUUGUUGUUAUUUUA